CAGGCUUGAAGCUUUCCAGUUAAUUAGUCCUGGCUGAGUUUAGCAGACUAGACAGUAUAGCUAAGCUAGGGUCGACGACACUGGUCAUGGCAAUGGAGUACACCUCAAGGCGCUGGCUGGCCGCGGUGGCGGUCAUCGUCCUGCUCUCGUGCGCCCCGGCCCCGGCUGCGGCGGCCGGCCGGAAGCUACUGCAGAUCCAGAUCAGCGAGGCGCAGCAGUUCGUGGUGCCGCAGAGCCACAUGCGCGCGAUCCACGGCCAGCGCCCGCUCAAGUGGAGCAGCGAGCUGGCGGACCAGGCGGAGCGCUGGGCGGCGCGGUUCAAGGGCAACUGCGCGGCCGCGUCGGCGGCGAUGCCCGGCGGCGUCAACGUGUUCCGCGGCUUCGGCGAGGCCGGGAAGGCCUGGCAGCCCAGCGACGCGGUGGCGGCGUGGGCGGAGCAGGCGAACUACUUCGACUUCAAGUCCGGCGGCUGCGCCGCCGGGAAGCUGUGCGCGCAGUUCAAGCAGGUGAUGUCCAAGGGCAACACGGACGUCGGGUGCGCCACCGUGCAGUGCGCCGACGGCACCACGCUCAUGACCUGCCACUACUCGCCGCUGGGCAACAUCUUUGACGAGAGGCCCUUCUGAUCCCGAACAUCUCGUCCGUCAAGCCGGCCGUCUCGUGCCGCGUGUGCUUCUGGUUGAGUUGCCUUGCCAUGUUUUGCAGUUUAUUACUCACUUAUUAUAUUUUACUGUAUUAGUUAUUACGACGUGCGAGUUGAUUUACAUCAUGUUAUGGUGAGAGUAAAGAGGUUAUGCUUUGCGUCA